CGGUAAUGCUGCACGGGCGCCUCCAGUCCCGUCUCAGGGCGGGAGAGCCCGCAUCCCGCGGUGGACAGCAUCGCGGCCACCCGAUCGCUGCUGUCUCACGGCGAAAUGGCGGCACCGGAGGCGGAAGCGGAGCCGCUCUGGGAGGAGAGAGCAGCACCGCCUCCUCUCGGCUGCUCGGCCGGGCGGCGAGUGCCGGGGCCUGGCCGGAGGGCGGCGGGGCCGCCGUGGAGCGGAACGCGGCCCGGCCCCGCCUGCGGCAAGAAAUAACUGGAAUCAUGGAUCAGAACAACAGUUUGCCACCCUACGCUCAAGGCUUAGCCUCCCCUCAGGGUGCAAUGACUCCAGGAAUUCCAAUUUUCAGCCCGAUGAUGCCCUAUGGCACAGGACUGACACCACAGCCUGUCCAGAGCACCAACAGUCUGUCCAUACUGGAGGAACAGCAGCGGCAGCAGCAGCAAGCAGCACAGCAAUCCACGUCACAGCAAGCAACACAGGGAACAUCUGGUCAAACCCCCCAGCUCUUCCAUUCACAGACUCUUACCACAGCCCCUUUACCGGGAACCACACCUCUGUACUCCUCUCCAAUGACUCCAAUGACUCCCAUAACUCCUGCAACACCGGCAUCAGAGAGCUCUGGCAUAGUGCCACAACUACAGAAUAUUGUGUCCACAGUGAAUCUUGGUUGCAAACUUGACCUAAAAACUAUUGCACUUCGUGCCCGAAAUGCUGAAUAUAAUCCCAAGCGUUUUGCUGCUGUUAUUAUGAGAAUAAGAGAACCACGUACUACUGCACUGAUAUUCAGCUCUGGAAAAAUGGUGUGCACAGGAGCAAAAAGUGAGGAGCAAUCCAGACUGGCUGCAAGGAAGUAUGCAAGAGUUGUCCAGAAACUGGGUUUUCCUGCAAAAUUUUUGGAUUUUAAAAUUCAGAAUAUGGUGGGCAGCUGUGAUGUGAAAUUUCCCAUCAGAUUGGAAGGAUUGGUACUCACACACCAGCAGUUCAGCAGCUACGAGCCGGAAUUGUUUCCUGGCUUAAUCUACAGAAUGAUUAAGCCAAGAAUUGUUCUGCUUAUUUUUGUUUCUGGAAAAGUGGUUUUAACUGGUGCUAAAGUACGAGCAGAAAUCUAUGAAGCAUUUGAAAACAUCUAUCCUAUUUUAAAGGGAUUCAGAAAGACAACGUAACAGUUUCUAUGCAUUUCAGAGAAAUCAGGGGUAUAUUUUAAAAGGUAUUGUGUAUGGCACAGCACUAACAAGAAACGGAUUUCCAGUGCAACUGCAACACCAGGACUUGGACUAUUUCCCAGUUAGUGCCUACUUCCCUAAUGCUCAAGGGGAACUGUUUUCUUGAAUAUGUCUACGGAGUUACUGUGAGUUGCUUUACUGGGCUGUUCCUGGAGCAGCCCCUCCAACUUUUAUUUAUAUUCUAGAUUUUAAAUAGAUUUAAUGCCAGUUCUAUUAAUAGAAAAUCUGUAAGUUGGUUUAAAGACAAAUGCAACUUCGUCACUCAGUGUAUAAACCACUUUAAUUGCCGUGUAUAUAUGUUUUAAGUUCCUUCCAUAAGACCAUGGUUUUUAUAAUUUACAGAACUUUAGCUUUUAAAUUUUUUCAAUUUUAAAUUUCUUUGGUGCCAGACACAUUCCCUCUUUCCAGUGUUAAGCAAGAUAGAAUAAAUUUACUAAUUGAAAUGGCUCAUUGUACAUAUAUAUAUAAUAUAUACCUUUCUUCUCUUCUUCAACUCCACAUGUACAAUAAACCCUGUUUAUACAACUA